AUGUCACUCCGGACCCUCCUUGGAGCUUCCAUUCUCCUCCGAAUAACUCUUCUAUUCUACGGUCUAUAUCAAGACUCUACCUCUCCCCUGAAAUACACAGACAUAGACUACUAUGUCUUCACGGACGCUUCCCGUUACCUCCUCACAAACUCCAACAACGCCUCAAUCUCGACUCCAUAUUCCCGAGAAACCUAUCGAUACACCCCACUCCUCGCCUGGCUCCUCCUCCCAACGGCCCUAAACCCGCAGUUCCUCUUCUUCUCAUUCGGAAAGAUCAUCUUUUCCGCCGCGGAUGUGCUUGCCGGAUGGUUGAUUCACCUAAUCUUGACGAACGGAGGAAUGGACCGUCGGACUGCCGGGUUGUUCGCCGGCAUAUGGCUUGUCAAUCCCAUGGUUGCGACUAUUAGUACUCGCGGCAGCUCUGAGGGGUUACUGGGAGUGCUGGUGGUGGGCAUUGUCUGGGCGGUUUUGAGAAGACGUGUGGUGUUGGCGGGGGUCUUGGUGGGGUUGGCGACGCACUUUAAGAUAUAUCCUGUUAUAUAUGCGCCCGCUAUUGUUUGGUGGUUGGAGAGUGAGGGAGGUGGUAGAGGGGAGAAGGAGUCUAAAAACGGGUGGUUGGAGAAGGCGAUGGGCUUUGUCAAUCGCGAAAGAGUCACUUUUGGAGCUUGGGCGUUGGGAACGUUUGUUGGGUUGAAUGUGUGGAUGUAUAAACUCUACGCCGACCCCUUCCUCCAGCACACCUACCUCCACCACCUCUCGCGUGUCGACCAUCGACACAACUUCUCCCCGUACAACACUCUCCUACAUCUAACCUCCUCCCCCAUGGGCCACUCCUCCACCCCAUUCGCCUCGAUCCCGUUCUUUCCGCAACUGCUCCUCUCGGGACUCGUCAUCCCGUUGGCCUUCGCCAAGCACGAUCUCCCGGCGACCAUGUUCGCGCAGACAUUCGCCUUCGUCUCGUUCAAUAAGGUGUGCACAUCGCAGUACUUCAUGUGGUAUAUCGUCCUGCUCCCCUUCUACCUACCUGGCUCCGUGCUGUUGCGGAGGCCGUGGCUCGGCGGGGUUGCGUUGGUGUUGUGGGUUGUCUCGCAGGCGGCGUGGUUACAACAAGGCUACGAAUUGGAGUUUCUCGGGAAGUCGACGUUCGUUCCGGGCUUGUGGGCUGCGUCGUUGGUGUUUUUUGCGGUGAAUGUUUGGCUGUUGGGGGUUAUUGUGGGUGAUAUUCCCCAGAGGGGGAAGAGCCGGGGUAAGGUUAAUAAGGUGGAGUGA